AUGUAUCGAUCAAUAAUACGUUCAAUAUUUAAUCAAAAUUUUAUAUUAAAAAGAUUUUCAUCAAAUACCAAUGAUUUUGUUCAUGUUAAAAUAAUUGAUCGUGAUGGAAAAUUAAUAAAUUCAAAAGCUAAAAUAGGCUCAAAUAUGCUUGAUGUUGUUUUGGAUAAUAAAUUAGAUAUUGAUGGCUUUGGAGCAUGCGAAGGUACACUUGCUUGUUCAACGUGUCAUGUUAUACUUGAUAGUGAAAACUAUAAGACACUACCAGAACCUGUUGAAGAAGAAAAUGAUAUGCUAGAUUUAGCAUAUGGAUUAACACCAACAUCUCGACUUGCAUGCCAAAUUAUUGUUGAACCACGUAUGAAAGAUUGGGUUUUUGUUGUACCGAAGGAUGUAAAUGAUCAACGGUGA